AUGCCCUACUUUCCAGUCUGGGACUGGUACUUUUAAUGGUGCGAUUAAUUAACAAUUGCUCACCAAAGUGGAAGUGAAUAGUCCAAGGAUAUUCACAGAAAUGCAAAGUUUUUAGUUUCAGAAAUUUUCAGUUCCAAUACAGUAGGUCCUUUAACAGGUAAAAAGUAUGUAAAAUGUUGUAAAUUUUAGGAUAAGGAGUGAUCAUAAUGAAGAUGAGACAGCAAGUAUACUUCAUGAUUGGGUUGAUAAAGUCCGUCCUCUGUACCAUGGUAUUGACAUCAACACGACAAACAUCGAUGACAAAUACGAGGAUGCGAUAUCAGCCAAUCAUUGGUCCCUUCUGAGAUUCAAACGUUUGAUUGAUUUAAGACAAGCUGCUUUGGACGAAGCUCGGAGACUUUGGGCUGACUAUAUAUUUGUAAGUUGUGUUUGCCUUAAUUGUGGAAACUCGAUUCUCUCAAUUUAUCCCGGCUGGAUAGCUCUAUCACUAGGUCUAAACUGCUCUCUCCAUUAAAGGUAUAGACUGUAUAGUUACUGUAGGACAUCUGUUAUUGCCGAAGUGUUGCUAAAUCUCCACCCCCUCCCCAAAAAAGUUCAAUACCCUAAUGCGCACUAUUUUGUUGUUUUACUCUGCCAAACACCAGACGAUUUUACUCGUUUAAUGACACAUAAUUUUACUUGUGAAGGAGAGAGUGCUGGUGUUCAAUGGGUUAAAGCAUUGUUUUUCUUACAGUUUUUAGAUUGUGAUGUUUAUAUAACUCAUCCAAACACAAUAUGGUCACUGCUAGAAGAAAGAAAGUGAGCAAAAUGAUUUAUCUUUUUAUUCAUUUUUUGGCAUUAGAAUGUAUUAAUAGUAUUACUCACUUCAGUCUGUAAAAUAGGUUAAAGUAUUCUAACAGUUAUUCUAUUUUAGAGCUAUUAUAUCUCCACUGGUGCAUUCAUUUGUGAAGAAAUCAGCAUUUUCUAAUUACUGGUGUGGCAGAGAUGAGAAG